GCGAAUAGUGUUGUAGCGACUGUUCACUUCAUUCCGGAUUUCCAACACUUUCAGUCGUAAUGUGAGACUCGUCGCAUGGAUUGUGUGCUUACGAUGGGUCAAACCAAUGAUUGAUCAACCGCGUAUCUAGCUGUGUGGUGAUUAUUUUGAUUUGGUCAGUGUUUGAGUGCUUUACUGUUUUCUUGGGUGUGUUUGAACAUAGCGUGCUACCUGGUUGAUCGAAGUAUCAGAUAACAUUUCAUUUGCAUUGUAUGAGUGUUUAUGUAUUCCAAGUGUAUGUGUGUGUAAUAAUCAGUAAUUAUAGUUAUCAUCAUACGCUUUUUGGUGGAAAACGUCUUUGUUCGAAUGACUGUCAUGCUUCUCAAUUUGUGAUUUUAGUUAAAAACACCUGUUUUAACUGCGUUUGGCAAUUCAAAUCAUUCAACUCCAGCUACAAGUGGUUAAACCGUCAUUAUCACGGCAAACAGCCACCCUAAAUCAUACUGAUACAUUAACCUGAGGUUGGCAGCUGAAAUCAUGUCAACACGCCAACAAAACUAUAGUCUCUUCACGAAAUACGCGGUUUAUGCGUUCCCGAGGAAUUCGCGUAACUCGAAUAUCUGCUCAACUGUAAAAACGUUUUAGUGACUCCGUAACUGCACAACCAUGGAUGCCAACAACUUUGUGAUGUCUUCCUAUCAGUUCGUAAACUCGAUUGCCUCCUGCUAUCCGAAUAACUCACAGAACACAAAUAGUUCACCAAAUACGGCUGGCAGUCAAGGUGGCCAAAACGAUGGCUAUUUCCCACCAUCGACAUACGCUCCAAAUAUUUAUCCCGGCACUCCACAUCAGGCCCAUUACAGCCCUCAAUCGUACAAUCCGCUUGCAGGGGCUGGAGCGACCAGUGUAAACAGUGCUAGUACUGGCGCUGUAGGUGGCGGACAUCAGUCUACCGAUAUGGUGGAUUACACUCAAUUACAACCACAAAAAUUCCUACUUUCACAGCAACAACAACCGCAAUCCGCCCUUACUUCACAAAGUUGUAAAUACGCAAGUGAAGGCCCUAGCACAGGUACAAAUGUAAUUAAUAACAACAAUAACAAUAGCACCACCAGUCCUCAGGAUUUAAGUACAGCCAGUGGAGGAAGCAAUGGAGCCAAUGAUGGAAAUAGUGGUAGGCCUGAGAUUUCGCCAAAACUGUCCCCAGGAUCAGUAGUUGAAAGUGUAAGCCGAUCUCUGAAAUCGGGUAAUCCAUCAACUGCCGUGAGUUCUAGUAGCACGAACAAUAACACCAGCAACAUAAGCAAUCGAAACCAGGUGAACCUGCCACUCGCAAGUCCGGAAGAGGAGUCUGAAGCCAGCGAUGAUGAUAGUGGCACGGAAGGAGGCAGCUCUCAAGGUGGUGGAGGAAGUAGCAGUAAGAAAGGAGGACCUCCACCCCAUAUUUAUCCAUGGAUGAAACGAGUGCAUAUUGGACAAAGCACGGUGAAUGCUAAUGGAGAAACGAAACGACAACGCACUUCAUACACGCGUUAUCAAACGCUCGAGCUAGAGAAAGAGUUUCACUUCAACCGAUAUUUAACUCGCAGACGACGGAUCGAGAUAGCACACGCACUGUGUUUAACCGAGCGACAGAUCAAAAUCUGGUUCCAGAAUCGACGAAUGAAGUGGAAAAAAGAACACAAGAUGGCAUCGAUGAAUAUUGUGCCGUAUCACAUGUCUCCAUAUGGUCAUCCUUAUCAAUUUGAUAUUCAUCCGUCACAGUUUGCGCAUUUGAGCGCAUAGGACGCGUGGCACUUUUCGGGUACUGGUUAGAGACUCAACCAGCUCUACCAGGAGCAGUAUCAGGGAUAUCAGGGCAAUCAAGAUAGCGUACUAUUUGGAGGCGGCGGUGUAAGUGGUGGUGGUGGAAGCAGUACGCCUUCUGAUACUACGAAGUAUAAUCAGGAGUUUUGAUUUGUCUAUGGUCUACAAUAUGUGACUAGUUCUGAUCAAGAAGGGACAUCCAAUUUUAGUUUAGAACAUCUUUUCUCCUGUAAGAUGUUCAUAAGUCCGUGAUAUCUCUGAUGGAAUGCUUUAUAGCAACUGUAACUGUAUUGUGAGCUGUCGUUGGGAUGCUAACACAACAUGAAUGUGACAUUCUUUGUUCAUUAGAAUGCAUGCUACAUACAGCACACCCAUCGAAGUGUGUCAAGAUUGUACGCUCAAUAAUGGAUACGAGAUUUGCAAACUGAUUUUCUUCCACUGUACUUUAAAACUCCUACAUAUCCUUUGUACUACAUGCAGCAUACAACCACUUUCUUUGCUCUUUCAUCGUAGUAACUAAAUUACCAUACAAUGUAAAUAAUUUUCGCUAAACAAUCCACCCUUCCCACAACCAUAACGUACAGUGGAAGAGAAUUAUAGCGGAUUCUCCUAUCGAUUACAAGCUCUUCUCUAAUCAGUAUUCGAAAAGCUAGCCUCGCAAUACACGUGGCUCCCCUAUAUUAGAUUGUAAGAAAUGUUUCAAAAAUGUUCCCGAAACAUUUAUGUAGAAUAAGCUAGUGUUGCAAAUCUGAUGGGUACUUAAGUUGAGAAGAAUAAAAUAUACUCUCAACAUGUUCCAGUCCUACCAAGCUCAACAUCAAUCUUCUAUAUAGGUUAAAAGAAAUGAUAAUUACUUGUGAAAAUUUAUUUCAGCAGCUAACUGGCUCUUCUGUUUUGUUUUCUAAAUACUUUCUUUAUGUUUUUGUUUAACUAUCUUGACUAUAGUCGGAAUUUCAUGUCUAAGGUUUGAUAUUCCUGAUUUGAGUACAAUUUCAAGACUCGAAUAUGUAAUGCAAUACGAAUAGAUCACACUUAGGACCAUAUCGAAUUUUUUAAACGAAAAGAUAAGCUUCGAGCAGUAAAACAUUAUUAUUUAUUUUGUGUUCAUUAUAUCCUACGUUCUAUCUAACAAAAACAUGAUUUCGUGAGGUAGAUGUUAUCACAUAUAUGAAGAAUCACGUAUGUUUGAAAAAUGUAUUUUUUUUUUUUUUGAAAGUGACGGAAAAUUACAACGGUUAACAAAUUCACUAUAAUAUUUACAACGAAUGAUUUGUGUGUAUUUGACAGGUUGAAUGGAACAUAAUUUAAUCACAAAAAUCGUAUUUAAUACAUCUACAAAUUCCGUCAAACAUAUUCGAAUCACUUUUCUUACUUCGUUAGUUAAAACUAAUUCAUUUAAAGUUAUGUACAUUUUAUAAAACACUGCAACGUAAGAACUAUGGAGGCUUUUGUGGAAAUUUAAUAUUUGAUUGUGAUCAAAGCAGGGAAGCAGCCAGUUAAUCAUUGUCAACGUACAUCAUUAAAUGCUCAUUAUUGACAAACGUAUAGUAAUGACAGCAAAUUCGGACUCGUACAGGGCUGUUUUAUUUUAUUAGCCUAUUUGGCUAAUAACCAUAUCCUGCACAUAAGUGGAUUAUAAUCAUUCAUUUUUACUUUGAUUGUUUAAGUUACACCGUAGCUAUGAGACGAAAAAGUUGGAUUAAAACAAUUAAAUUAAAUUCGAAACAUUAGUGAAUGACUCGUUUUUGUACAUAGCAUCUCAAACAAAAUUACAUAUUGCAGGAAUCUAUAGGAAGUAGAGUGCAGGUUCUUUUCUUUUUGUUGCUCGUUAAAAGAUUGCGGAAAUUAAUAGCAAUCAAUAUAAUUACAAGAGAAACUCCAUCAAACAAAAGUGAGAUAGGUACAAUGUAACACAUUUGUAAUGAUAUAUGAAAAAUAAUGUCUAUACCAAGCAACAGAAUUAUAGACCUUGCAGACUUUAGAAAAAAGGGUCAUGAAAAAUCUAAUAAUGUUAAAACAUUUGAUCCCAAACAAAACAAAUGAUACAACCUCCUUCAUGCACACUUAAAAUAAGGUAAAUCAAAAAAUGUUAUAUCAUGGAGGGAACAAAAAAUCAAGAAGUUAUUGAUCAAUUUUUGCAGCAUUCCGGGAAAAUUACACAAAACGUCUUACAAGACUGUAAAGCAUUGUUCUGACAUUUGAAUAGUGAGACAAAUAAUUUGAAUCAUAGUUGGUGUUAAAAAAUAUACAAAGCGGUAUUCUAUUCUGGCAGUGGAGUCAUGUCGAGUUCGAGUUUAAGAAUUUAGUGAGUAUGUUUGAAUGAAUAUAUUUACAUUGGAGUUCAUUGUCUCGACUAGUAUCGAACGGAGAUCAGAAUAGAUAAGCCUGAUAAUUUUGAUAAUAUAUACAAAACAUACCCAUUUUAUGUUUACGUUCAUAUAUGUACUAGCUCUCACAGACUGUAUAUAGUUUUAUUUUUUCUGAAUAAUUGAAAACAUCUGCUUAGCAAUUACCAGCUUGACAUACGGACGAUGAUAUUAUGAUGGAAAUGACUACAAAUUCCAAAAAGUAAUACUGUUAGAAUACAGUUCUUUAAAUUUAAUUAUGACCUCUGCAUGUUCACAAUCUUCUUUCUUAAUUUUCUUUGGAACAAUAACCGUUGUCGGGUAAAACCUGCCUGUACCUCUAAUGAGCUUUGCUGAUUCAUUUCAAUAUUAUUAGGGUCUGCUAUUUGUUUCACUAUUCAAUUGUCAAAACAUUGUCUUUGUCAGCGGGAUGUAAAACCUAACUGGAAUACCUCGUAUAUUCCAAUAAUAUGUUUUUAUUAGGGUAUUUUAUUUAUUUUGUUUUAGUACACUUUACAUUUAAGGCAAGAUUCGUCUUGCGAAAGUCAUAGAUUCAAUGAAGAGACUUCUAACAAUAUAUUCGAGCACAUCAUGGAAAACAGCAAUACACUGAAAGAUUAUCGUGUACUGAUACAUCUAGGUACACAAGAAGUAAAAAUUAUGCUGUAACUACAUAAAAUACCACUGAACUAGCUUCAGUAUCCUCUUCAAAAAACAGGCGAUUAUUAAACAACAAUUAAUAAUCAAUAGCUAUGUUUCAGGAGCAAAAGACAGGGAAAGUAUAAAUAACAAGGAUUCUCUUCUUUUCGUGAUACAUGAACUACGGCGUGUUAUGUCACAAUUGCAAUAUCAGUGGAAAAAUAAUGUUAAGACAUUGUCAUAAUCGAAUGACACAUAAAUAAACACUGAAUACCUGGCAAAAAUGCAGAAUAAAGCACAUAAACAUGAA